AUGUCGAAGCUGGAGGGUAUACGGACGGUGCAGGAAUGCCAAUAUGAUGAAUGGAUCAAAGCAGAGAAGAUUGUGCGCCCCGCCAAUAAGAACGUACAAAAAAUAAAGCACCGCAAAAAGAUAAAGAACAAAGCGGAGAGGGAGCGAGACAGGUUGGAGAGGCUCAAUGACAGAGACGUCCUCGGCCCUUCGCCCAACGCUAACCGCCUCCCGCGCUCCAAAUGUGGCCUGAGUCAGGAUGUCUUUUCCAAGAUGGACGAGGGUGAGGACAAAGGGACUCAGCAGUCUCCAGUCAAGUCUAUAGAAAUUACUUCUAUCCUCAAUGGCCUGCAAGCCUCUGAGAUGUCCACGGACGAAAGUGAGUGUGAGGAUGAGGAGGGAGAGCGUAAUGAGGACGAUCGCCCAGGUUGCAGAGGCAGCCCCAGAAAGGCCCCACCACCGGAGGCCCCACAAACGUCAGAGUGCUGGGAGGGCCCUCCUGAAGCAUCCAAACCUUCCCAAGUCUCAGGGAAGCACCAGGAUUUAGUUGGUGCAGAGAGUGCAGAUGUAGGGAAGCGCAGAAUUCAGCCGGAAUUAGAAGGAGAGGCGAGCAACAGGAAGAGGAAGUCGGACGGCGUGGCGGAGAGGUCCCCGAAAGGUCAAUCCAAAGCUAAGACUCGGAGCACCAGGAGUGCCGAUUGGUUGCCUGGAGGCUCUCCCAGGAAGCUGGAAGACAGAGUGGCCGGGCCCGGGGAGGAGAGGGGAGCCUCAUCCAGCAGCAGUUCAGACGACGAGGGUGCAGCGCCGGCCGAGUCCCAGGCUGAGGAGAGCGAGAGAAGCCGGCCAAAAGCCAAAGGUUCCCCUUCCAAGAAGUACAACGGGAUGAAGGAGAAGACCAAAAGUGGCAGGCAAGCUGGCUUCUGGGAGAUUCCUGAAAAGAGGGCCAAAAUGUCUGGGAAUGCAGAGGAACGGCCAGCUGUUCGCUCUAAAGGCCAAAAGGAUGUAUGGUCCAGCAUCCAGGCCCAGUGGCCGAAGAAGACGCUCAAAGAGUUGUUCUCAGACUCGGACACAGAGGCCGCCAAUUCUCCUCCUCCACCUGCACCGCCGUGCCUGGAGGAGCCGAGCGUCGAGCAGGACGCCGGACCCGAGGACGAAGCCUCAGAGGAGCAUAUGGAGAACGACAAACUACAGGAGUUUCCGAGCAGCGGCAGCAACUCCGUGCUCAACACACCGCCAACAACGCCCGAGUCGCCCUCAGGAGGAGGCAGUGCUGUGGAAGACUCUGGUCCGGCGCAGCCUUCCUCCCCACCACCGUCCAUUCCCCCCGCCUUGCCUUCAGAGCCGGUUUCUGACGCUCUUCCCUCAGGACCCACACAAGAGGAAGUGGCCGGCGGCCGCAGUGAGACAGACAGCAGCACGGUGGAGGUGGAGAGUCUGGGUGGGGAGCUGCCAGACCUCCCUCAGGACGAGGGGGCAGGUUCCCCCUCGAAGGUGUUUGACGUCAGCCUCUCCUGCAGCAGCAGCAGCAGCCUCGAGCUGAGCAGCAGCAGCCAACAGGAGAGUGAGCAGAAGUCCAAAGCGUCUGUGAGUCAAAAGCGACAGAAAGAAUCGCAGACGAGCGGAGCCUCAAAGAAACACAAGCCAAACCGCAAGAGCCUAGGUGUGCCUCCCAAGAAGAAUAGGAAAACAGCUGUCUUCCCUCCUCCAGCCAACAGCAGUGAUAGUGAAGACCAGUCUGUUGUUGAGAGCACUGCCAAACCCACUGUCUCUAAGAACAACGCGCCAGACGUGAAGCCUGCCGCUUCGCCCAAGUGUCACGGACGAUCUCCACCUUCGAGCCAUAAGUACCACAAGCAGGCUGACGCCGACCACACCCAGCACAGAGACCACCAUGGAAGAUCGCCACGGGUGUACAAGUGGAGCUUCCAGAUGUCUGACCUUGAAAAGAUGAGCAGUCUGGAGAGGAUUUCGUUUCUUCAAGAGAAGCUGCAGGACAUCAGGAACCACUACCUCUCUCUCAAGUCUGAGGUGGCCUCUAUCGACAGACGACGAAAACGCAUGAAGAAGAAGGAACGAGAAAGCACGGUGGCGGCUUCCUCUACAUCCUCCUCCUCUUCCUCCCCGUCCUCCAGCUCAUUGACUGCGGCAGUCAUGCUGACACUGGCUGACCCGCCGGUGUCAUCAUCAUCCUCCUCUUCUCAGAACUCUGGGGUAUCAGUGGAGUGCAGGUGACAGGACAAGUCAGCGAAAAGCCACCGCACUAAGCACUUAACCAGCACCCCAGGGGUCCCCGCCCCCAUUCCCUUCCAACAGGAAGGACAAAUCACCCUACAUACUGUAACUACUGGGGCACAAAAACCAGACCAGAGACAACAACAAAACAACGAGAAACAAGCACUAUUUUCUAUCGACAACUGUUUCCUUGGCAAGCUAAUGGCACUUAAGUGCACUUUUAUGAAGAUUGUGUAGGGGGGAUCAAAUUUGUCCAAAAAAAACAAAAACAAAAUUGUCUUUUGCGCUCUCCUUAAUUGAACAUUUAUAAGAAUUGUUUUUGCAGGCAAUAAUCGUUUCCAUUUGAUAAAGUUGUAUUGGUAAGGGAUGAUUUCCAGCAACGACCCCUCCGUGCUCUGUCCUCAUAGCUCAACACGGUACAGCCUGUGCUCGCCAUGUUAUUGUGAGAAAUUCAGAGGGACACUGCCACAUUGGCAUUCAGAGCGUACGUAAUGUAACUUCGCCAUGUUUCUCUGUCCUCACUCAUUACAAAAAGGCCUUCAUGUGGUUCAACCUCAAGUGGUUGACGAUGCUCUUCUCGUACAGGCAUGUGAUCCUGUACAUGUUUGCAGUCGUGUAGGUGUUGAUGGAUAGGGUUUCAGACCAUCAUAGGUCCACUGACAGCCUCAGUGGAUGAAUAUUGUAGUGCCUUUUUGUUCUUUUUCCAUGGGACACUUUGAGAAAAGACCACACUUCUUUUUCUCCUGAUCCUCUUUUCAAAUCAGAGGGUCGGCUGGAAUAAUGUGUCCCUUUACAAAAAGACUGAAGAUUGCUGUAUGAGUGAGCAGGCAGUGAAGGGCUGAGUCUGACAGAAAAUGAUGGUUUUUAUCAGCGUUAUGGUAAUUUUUAAAAAGUAUAAUUGUAAAAGCAGAACUCCUAUACUGGAUCACCCAUAAUCUACUACUGAAUACUCAUCCAGCUUGAGUGUAACUCUUAAGUUUGGCAGUAUAAACUGUGCAAUGAUGGAGGUGGUCACAUUACUCCAGUUCAUCAGCCUUUUUGAAAGCCCAUCUGCUUUAUUUGAUUAUGUUUCCACCCAUUUAAUCCCCUCGGUCCCAUCAACUUCACUGAAGAUUUGUAACUGGAUCAAGUUAAAGUGAAGGCAGCCAUAGGAGGUAUUUACAGCAUGUACUCAGUACUUCAGAACACGUGAAUGCAUUUUGCAGUGUUUCAAACAAACAUGAAGUUAUUUAAUUAAGUAUACUUUUUGCUUUGUUAAAUAAAGCAACGCAUACUCUUUCCUUUUCUUUUCUAAUUUUACUCAUGAUCAAAAAUGACACGCCAGCUUCCUCUCAUACUCAUCCCUACCAAAAAUGUUUGGUUCUGUCUCCUGUACUAUGACCAGAUUAAAAGGUAAUGAUAUUGUAAAUGUGCAUUUAUAUCAUAAAGUGACGUAUGUGUAUACAUUUCUGAAGACAUCUCCAGUGUUUCCUUUGUAUAGAUCCCUACUGUAUGAUAACCUGAAGUUACAUUUUGUUUGGCACUUGUAUGUAAUUGUAUGCUUUUGUUAUACAUUUGUAUAUUGAGAAGUGUUUUGAGUCAAGCUAUUUAAUAUCUUGCACUGUUAAUAACAUGUACCUUUCUGUACAGACAGUUUUACGGUUUUAACUGCAGUUUGAGUGUAAAUACUGAGGGUUACAGCAUGUUUGUUCUCCCUUUGUCCUCAUUCUUGUUCUCUUUUAGGAAGAGAUUUAUUUGAGUUCAUUUAAUUUUUGUUCUGCCUCCUUUUCAUCAGUUUCAAUACUUGUUUCUUUCCUUUCUUCCCUUUUUUAAUGUCAUGUUUUGCUUUAGUUUUUAUUGUUUUGUUUUUUUCUAUAGCUUGUGCUUGUAAGAGAAGAAUGGUGGUUUUGGAUGCGGCUGAAUUAUUUUCCAACCUGUACAUGGCCUGAAGCUACAGCUGUAUGAACCUGUAUAUGGAAAAUGGUCUGGAUCAUAGAUUAAGAGAAAGUAAUGGAGCUUAUUGGAAAAAUGCUCAAUAGUAUUUAUUAGGCUCAUCUGAUGAUGGUCAUUGUGUAAUUUAUUGUAAAAAUGUAAGCAAAGCAGAAGCCUCUGUUUGAAAUAAAUGCCAUAGUUUGUGAAGUA